AUGCGUCGACACAUUGGAAGCCACAAGAUUGUUGGAGGAGAUACAUGCAGGAACUUGAGGACCCCACAUAAAUGGUUUUAUGCUUGGAAAGAAGAUUUUGAGAGCUGGAUACUUUUGGAAAGGGAUAACAUCCGUUACGAGAAGAAAUGUCACCAAUGUCAAGUCCAUGGGGAUUUUAUACAGGUUCCACCAAAUGAGCUCAAUGUGAUGGGUUCUCCUUGGCUGUUUGUUGCUUGGGGUAUGGAUGUUAUUGAGCCCACAGAGCCUCUAGUGUCAAAUGGAUAUCAUUUUAUUUUGGUAGCUAUCAACUAUUUCAUAAAGUGUGUUGAGGCCUCAACACAUAAGGCCAUAACUAUGAAGAUGGUAGAAGAUUUCGUUCGUAACAACUUGGUCUGUGGAUUUGGAAUUCUAGAGUCAAUCAUAAUAGACAACGGGGCCAAUUUGAAUAACGACCUGAUGAGAGAGAUUUGUGAAAGGCUUAAGAUAUCUUAUCAAAACUCCACAGCAUAUCGACCGCAAAUGAAUGGAGCAGUUGAAGCUACAAAGAACAUUAAGAGGAUCUUGAGAAUGAUAUUAGACGCUAAUAGGGAAUGGCAUGAGAAGCUGCCAUAUGCUUUACUUGGACAUCACAUCCAAUUAGAACUUCUACUGGGGCAACUCCUUACAUGUUGGUUUACGGUUCGAAAGCAGUGA